CCGCGAGUCCGCACGCAGCUUCUUCAAGCAGGCCUUGUCAGACGGUCAGACGCGUUGAUCUCACAGGCUCCAUGAAGGUUCAGUUGACAAGGGUACUUCUCUGGAAGCUGGACAGAUCCAGAAGAUUCUUCCGAUUCAUUCAUCUUUCCCCACCUGGCAUGGAAACUGACCAGCUUUCGGCUCGACCGCGCGGUGCUUUCCAGCUGACGCCCUUGGGACAGAUCCUUAUACUUCGCAAAUGAGGAUGAAGCUUUUGAAAGUCGCGGCCUUCGGCUUCCUCGCGGCAGCCCAGGAUGAUGCCUGCCAUUCGGCCCACAAGGCCCAGGCGGACUGCGCAGCGGACUCCAAGUGCUCUUGGUGCGAGGCGUCGGCUGUGCCCAGCGCGUGCUACACCAAGGAAAACGCAGCCAAGCUCCCCUCCGCAGUCUUUACCUGCUCUACCCGCCGCCGCUCCGAGUUGCUGUCUCAGGAGGAGGCAGAGAAGCUCGGUGUGGUGUGGCGUGGCAACUCCUCCAAGCAGAGCUCUCACGACCUGUUGCAGGCUCAGGAGAUGCCCAAGGACUUCACCUGGUGCAACAAGGACGGCAAGAGCUACUGCACCAUGUCUCGCAACCAGCACAUCCCACAGUACUGCGGCUCGUGCUGGGCACAUGGAGCGAUCUCUGCGCUCGGGGACCGCAUUAAGAUCGCCCGCGGGGCUGCAGGGGUGGACAUCAACCUGGCGGUGCAGCACCUGCUGAACUGCGGGGGUGUGGGCAGCUGCAAAGGCGGCACCGUGGACGGGCCCUACCAGUGGCUGAAGGGCCUCUCGGAGAAGGGCACCGGCAUCAGCUACGAGACUUCCAACCCUUAUGUGGCCUGCUCUUCCGACUCCACAGAGGGCUUCUGCUCGCAUGUGGACACUUCCUGCAAGGCCGUGAACAUCGCCCGCACCUGCGGCAGCUUCUCCCAGGAGGGCGGCCCCUGCACGGGUCUCUCGUCCUACCCCAAUGCCACGAUCACGGACUACGGCUCCAUCAGCGGCGCUGAUGCCAUGAUGAAGGAGAUCUUCCACCGUGGUCCCAUCUCCUGUGGUGUGGAUGCCAACCCCCUGCUGAACUACGAGUCAGGCAUCAUGAAGGACAAGGGCGAGGGCGUUGACCAUGUAGUCUCCGUUGUGGGCUGGGGCACUGACCCCAAGGAUGGCUUCUACUGGAUCGUCCGCAACUCCUGGGGUGAGUUCUGGGGCGAGAUGGGAUACUUCAGGGUGGCCAAGGGGGCCUUGAUGUUGGAGGAUCAGUGCGCCUGGGCUGUGCCCGCCGGCUUCACUGCUGCAGAGAAGGACAACCAGGUGCACUGCCACGAGGGCGGCGACAACUGCAAGCCGACAGAGCAGAUCGUCGUUUGAGUGCCGACCUUUGAAAUGGCCGACCUCGACCUCUGAGCGCUUGAUUUGCGCCGGGCAGACCUUUCCACCAUGAUUUGUCCGGGGCAGAGUCAAGGCGACAAUCCUUGAGACUGAGUCUCCGAGACUCGCAGCGCCCAGCGCUUUUGAACUGGCAAUUCGAGUUGGUAGCUGAUGUUGGUCUGCUGCCGACG